AUGGCCUCCGAUUCCAAACAAAGUAAGUAUUUAACAGUUUAUUUACAUUAUAAUGGUUUAUUCGCACCAAAAUCAUUAGUAUACUUGAACGCUGUUGUUGUUUCAAUCUGUGAUGUCGAUUUUGGUGCAAUGGAUUUCAAAGACUUUAACUUGUUCAUUGCAAAGUUGAUUGAAGGCAGUUGUGAUAAUGUAUAUUAUUGCACUAGAAAUGAACCAUUGGCAGAGGGUAUUAGGAGAAUUACGAAUGAUGCUGACUACUUUGAGUUUAUUGAAACGGGUUAUAGUGAUGAAGCCGGUCUAAGAAUGAAUGUGUAUAUAGACCACGAAAAUGAACCUGUACUUGAUUGGGCUGAUGAUGAAGGGCAUUAUUCUGAGGAAGACCUGGAUGAUGAUAAAGAUUCACAACUUUCUGAUGAUAUUCCAUAUGAGCAUGAAGCAGAUGAUUACAUUCCUUCUCUUGACAAGACUAUUGGUGAUGAAUUCUUACAUCGGGUGUCAGGUAUGUGUAAGGAUAUAAAUGAUGAGGCUGAAACUGAUGAGGUUGAAACCAAGAAUGGAGAUGACAAACCAGUGUACCCUGUCCAUAAUGAGAACCAGAAAUGGGACAAAAUGGUGCCAAUUCUAGGUAUGAGAUUCUCUAACCCCAUGGAAUUGAAAAAUUGUUUGACUAACUAUGCAGUGAAGAAUGGGUACAACCUUUAUUUUGAGAAAAAUGAUAGUCAGAGAGGCCAACUGUUAGCAGCUAUGGGUAGGGAUGCAAACAACCACAUCUUCCCUAUUGCAUGGGCUGUGGUGGAAGUUGAAAAUAAGGAAACAUGGAAGUGGUUUCUUGACCUCCUUCUGGAUGACAUUGAAAUGGGAAUUGGUCAUGGAUUGACCCUCAUAUCAGACCAACACAAGGGAUUAAUAGAGUGUCAAAGAAAGGGUUCCAGCAGCAGAGCAUAG